AUGACAAAAAAUCGAAUGAUCGUCCUUGAUUCCGCCGAGCCGGAUAGAUUCUCCUUCAUCGAGCGAAUCAACGCCGAAGCCAUCUUCCUCGAUGAAUCAUCUCUCCGGUCCGACAUCACGCUCAACCACGGCGUCAAGGACAUCUUCUCCUUCGGCUCCAGCGAGUUCAAACUCAUCUCUGAAGCGAAAGUCACCAAGGUCGAAGCUGAAGAAGACAACGAAGCGAGGGAAAAGAUCGAGAAAUUCAUCGACGAAAACAUUGUCUUCAACGACAUUGGUUUUUACACAACGACUUCGGGAAGCACGGGAAUUCCAAAAAUCAUCAAAAUGAGAAACUCCACGCCUUCUGCGAAUCUCGUCUGGGCGACAAAUCCAGCUGGCCCGGAAGAUAUGCCAAAACUCGCAGCGAAAUUCGGCGCUGAUCUUCCAAACGUCAUGGGCCACAUCAAAAACGUCGCUGCUUUCGGCAAUUUCGUCGGACACAUCAUGGUCCUUUUGAUUAGCAUGAUGAUGGAAGGCCCUCACAUGCGAAGAAACAUUCUCGUUUGCGACCAAAAAGAUCUCAAAUCGUCUCUUUCUGCAGUCGCCGUUGAAAAAUGCGGUGGAAUUUGGGGAUAUGUUCCGAAGAUCAUCGAAAUCUCCGAGUCGCAAGAGUUGAAAGAUAUUGAGCUGCCGACUGUUUCUCUUUUUGUCGCUGGCGGAGCGAAAAUCACAGCAGAACAUAUUCGACGAGUUCGUGCGAAUUUCGCUGCCGCGCAAAAUGGUCGAAAAUGCCAUGUUCUCAAGAUUUAUGGCGCCACUGAAAUGGGUCCCUUCCUCUUCCGAACCGGGCUUCUGGAACCCGAUGAGUUGAUCGAAAGCACCGAUGGUAUUUUCGUGUCGAACCCGGGCUACGAGUGUCAAGUUCGAGACUCGGAAGGAAAGGCCCUUCCUGCUGGAGAAGUUGGGGAGAUCUUUGUAAAAUCGCCGGAUCUGAUGCUUGGAUAUGUCGGCUACGAGCAAAUCGUCCUCGUCAACACGAAGAAAUCCAACUCCGUCGAGCUCGAAGACCGAAUGUACAAAGCUGGCGAAUUCGUCAAAUCCGUCAUCGCCCUCGCAAGGCGAAAUAAGAAUGCUUACGACGACAUCUACUACAUCGUCUACUGCGACGAAGCUGAUGAUGACAAGGUCAUGAAGCACGUGGAAGACGAUAUUCUUCUCCUGACAAAAGAAAAGCCAAACGUCGUUUUUGUUCGGGAACCUUUCAAAGUGCUUGAAAAUGGAAAAUUCGACAAGAAAUUGCUCGCUGCAAAAUAUAUUCCUGAAUAA